AUGGCGACCACCUGCGUGCGACCUUCCGCGCGCGACGGUGUGCGGAGGCUGGCGACUUACCGCGUGCGACGGUGUGCGGAUGCUGGCGACUUUCCGCGUGCGGCGGCGUGCAACGUGCAACGUCCGUGUGCGGAAGCUGGCGUGCGUCCGUUUGCGGAAGCUGGCGUGCGUCCGUGUGCGAGGGUGCGCGAUGAUGUGCGAAUGAUCAGCUUCAACACUCUGGGAGCAGGGGACCGCACGCAAGAGCAAGGAAGGGGAGCGCGCAAGGGGGAGCGCGCAAGGGGGAGCGCGCAAGGGGGAGCGCGCAAGGGGAGCAAGGAGGCAAGGGGAGCGCACGCAAGAGCAAGGAGGCAAGGGGAGCACUCACAAGAGGAGCACGCCUGCAUGCUCCUUCGACCCUCUUCGAUCCGGCUAAGCUGUCUCACUGAAUUCGCACUGUGCACGCACCACUCACUCGCUCGCACUCGUGCCUUCCACUGCUUGCUUGCGCUCGCUCCCUCCUCCUCCUCUCGCCGCUCUCACGGGCGGCACCAAGGGACCCUCCCCAGGUGUGUGACAGCAGGCGACUGCCAGCCUUCCCUCUGCCUACACCCCUCUGCCAGCACACCUACAGGCCGGCAGCAGCAGAAGGCAUGGAGGAGCAGUGGGAGCAGCGUGGCGAGCGGGAGAGGCGAGUGGUGGGAUGACGCACGGCCUGGGCUGGCCCUGCUGACCACUGCGCUCGCCCAACCUCCCGGCAGCACCAGCGCGACCGACCGUGGCGUCUCUGAGUGGCGCUGCGGCAGCAGGGGGAGUGUGGCGGCAAGGAGAGGCGCAUGGCCGUCGAGCAUAGGCAUCUGGGGGGAGGGGGGAGGAGGCAAGGUGGCAAGGAGGCAAGGAGGCAAGGACGCAAGGAGGCAAGGAGGCAAGGUGGCAAGGAGGCAAGGUGGCAGGGAGGCAGGGAGGCAGGGAGGCUGGGAGGCAGGGAGGCUGGGGGAGGCAGCAAGGUUCCAUACUUGCUGGAAAUAUGGGCAUCUCGCCUGCUGCUGGGUGACUGUCGAGUGGCAAGGAGGAGGCAAGGAGGAGGCAAGGAGGAGGCAAGGAGCAAGGAGGAGGCAAGGAGGAGGCAAGGAGGAGGCAAGGAGGAGGCAAGGAGGAGGCAAGGAGCAAGGAGGAGGCAGAGAGGAGGCUGCUGCACCUGGGGACGGCAGAGAGGAGGCUGCUGCACCUGUGGACGGCAGAGAGGAGGCUGCUGCACCUGUGGACGGAAGAGAGGAGGCCGCUGCACCUGUGGACGGCAGAGAGGAGGCCGCUGCACCUGUGGACGGCAGAGAGGAGGCCGCUGCACCUGUGGACGGCAGAGAGGAGGCUGCUGCACCUGUGGACGGCAGAGAGGAGGCUGCUGCACCUGUGGACGGCAGAGAGGAGGCUGCUGCACCUGUGGACGGCAGAGAGGAGGCUGCUGCACCUGUGGACGGCAGAGAGGAGGCUGCUGCACCUGUGGACGGCAGAAAGGAGGCUGCUGCACCUGUGGACGGCAGAGAGGAGGCUGCUGCACCGUUCACAGGGAGCGGAGGAGGGGUGAAGAGGAGGCGAGCAGAGGAGGCGAGCAGAGGAGGCGAGCAGAGGAGGCGAGCAGAGGAGGCCAGUAGAGGAGGCGAGCACAGGAGCUGA